AGCCUCCGGCGCCUUAGGUCGGCGGCUCAAAUCUGCCACUCCGGCGCCUGCUGCGCGGGCCGCCGGGACUGGGGCGCUUCGCUGGCGCGCCUGGCUGGCGACUGAACAAGUUCGGAGCGUCCCUCCUCCCAGAGAGAACUUCUAGAUCCGCGGCCCCAGGAUGGGGCUGGCCCCGCUGCGGCUGCUGCUGGGGCUCUUGCUCUCGGCGCUCGGGAGUGGAGCCAUUGCUGAGGUGCAGGAAGACACCAAGCUGUCCCCAGGACCUUUCCCCAGGAACCUGCCAGCUGACCGCAUGCCACUGUCCUCUGUCCACCGCCGCGGGGUCCAGCCUGCCUGGAUGUUUUCACCAACCCAGGCUGGAAUACCACAUCCGGGGAACACGGCUGUCCCCCAGGCGACCUCGGCUGCGUCAAAGCUGCCACCUAUUGCCUUUAAUCACACAGUUGGACACAUAAUACUUUCCGAACACAAAGAUGUCAAGUUCAAUUGCUCCAUCAGUGUACCUAAUAUCUACCAGGACGUUGCCAUUACUUGGUGGAAAGACGGGAAGGAGCUUGGAGCCCAUCAUUCCAUCACCCAGUUUUACCCAGAUGACGAAGUCACAUCCAUAAUUGCAUCCUUCAGUAUAAUCAGUGUUCAGCGUUCAGACAAUGGGUCGUAUGUCUGUAAGAUGAAGAUAAACAACGAUGAGAUUGUGUCCGACCCCAUCUACAUCGAGGUACAAGGACUUCCUCACUUCACCAAGCAGCCCGAGAGCAUGAACGUCACCAGGAACACCGCCUUCAACCUCACCUGUCAGGCCGUGGGCCCCCCUGAGCCCGUCAACAUUUUCUGGGUGCAAAACAGCAGCCGCCUUAAUGAACAGCCCGAAAAAUCCCCCUCCGUUCUCACCGUGCCUGGUCUGACGGAGAUGGCGGUCUUCAGUUGCGAGGCCCACAACGACAAAGGGCUGACCGUGUCCGAGGGCGUGCAGAUCAACAUCAAAGCAAUUCCCUCCCCGCCAAAAGAAGUCCGCAUCCACAAGAGCUCGGCUCACAGCGUUCUCGUCUCCUGGGUCCCAGGUUUUGACGGAUACUCUCCAUUCAGCAAUUGCAGCAUCCAGGUCAAGGAAGUUGACCCUCUGAGUAACGGCUCGCUCAUGACCUUUUACACCUCGCCCACCCCACAUCUGUAUCAGAUCGAGCAGCUGCAAGCCCUGGCUAAUUACAGCGUCGGCGUGUCCUGCAUGAACGAGAUAGGCUGGUCGGCAGCGAGCCCUUGGGUUCUGGCCAGCACCACUGAAGGAGCACCAUCGGUGGCACCUUUAAACGUCACUGUGUCCCUAAACGAGUCUGGAGGUUACCUGGACGUCAGGUGGACGAAGCCCCCGAUCGCGCUGCAGGCGGGGCAGCUGGUGGGCUACCGGAUAUCACACGUGUGGCAGAGCUUGGGGACUUUCAAGGAGCUCUCUGAAGAAGUCGGCCAGAAUGGCAGCCAGGCUCAGAUCCCUGUUCAAGUCCACAACGCCACCUGCACCGUGAGGAUCGCAGCCAUCACUAAAGGGGGCGUUGGGCCUUUCAGCGACCCAGUGGAAAUAUCUGUCCCUGCGUACGGUGAAGUGGAUUAUGCCCCCUCGUCAACUCCAGCGCCUGGCAACACAGAGCCCCUGCUGGUCAUUCUCGGAUGCUUCUGUGGAUUUAUGUUGAUUGGGCUGGUUUUAUAUAUUUCUAUGGCCAUCAGAAAAAGACUCCAGGAGACAAGGUUUGGGAGUGCGUUCACGGAGGAGGAUGCUGAAUUAGUCGUAAAUUAUAUAGCGAAGAAGUCCUUCUGCCGGCGGGCCAUCGAACUCACCUUACACAGCUUGGGAGUCAGCGAGGAGCUACAGAAUAAACUAGAGGAUGUUGUGAUUGACAGGAAUCUCCUGAUCCUGGGGAAAAUUCUGGGCGAAGGAGAGUUUGGGUCUGUGAUGGAAGGCAGUCUGAAGCAGCCAGACGGGACCUCUCAGAAGGUGGCAGUGAAGACCAUGAAGUUGGACAACUUUUCUCAGCGGGAGAUCGAGGAGUUUCUCAGCGAGGCAGCCUGCAUGAAGGACUUCAACCACCCGAACGUCAUCCGGCUUCUAGGUGUGUGUAUAGAGAUGGGCUCCCAAGGCGUCCCGAAGCCCAUGGUAGUCCUGCCCUUCAUGAAGUACGGGGACCUGCACACCUAUCUGCUGCAUUCCCGUCUGGGAACAGGGCCAAAGCACGUGCCCCUGCAGACCCUGUUGAAGUUCAUGGUGGACAUCGCCCUGGGAAUGGAGUAUCUGAGCAACAAAAAUUUUCUUCAUCGGGAUUUAGCUGCUCGGAACUGCAUGUUACGAGAUGACAUGACCGUCUGCGUGGCGGACUUUGGCCUCUCCAAGAAGAUUUACAGUGGUGAUUACUACCGCCAAGGCCGCAUCGCCAAGAUGCCCGUGAAGUGGAUCGCCAUGGAGAGCCUCGCCGACCGAGUCUACACCAGCAAAAGUGACGUGUGGGCAUUUGGCGUGACCAUGUGGGAAAUAGCAACGCGGGGAAUGACUCCCUACCCCGGCGUCCAGAACCACGAGAUGUAUGACUACCUUCUCCACGGCCACAGGCUGAAGCAGCCCGAGGACUGCUUGGACGACCUGUAUGAAAUAAUGUACUCCUGCUGGAGCACUGACCCCCUGGACCGACCCACCUUCUCGGCGCUGAGGCUCCAGCUGGAGAAGCUCUUGGAGAGUCUGCCUGAGGCGCAGGACAAGGCGGACAUCAUCUACGUCAACACCCAGCCGCUGGAGGGCCCCGAGGGCCUGGCCGGGGAGCCGCCUCCCGCUCCGCUGGACAUGCACAUGGACCCCGAUGCCAUCGUGGCUUCUUGCACCUCCGCCGUCAGCGUGGUCACCGCGGACGUUCAUGAGAAGAGCCCGCAGGAGGAAAGGUACAUCCUGAACGGGGGCAGCGAGGAGUGGGACGAUCUGGCUGGAAGGAACGGAGUUUUACCGGAGGACAAACUCGUGAGGAAUGGGGUCUCCUGGUCCCACGGUAGCACGCCGCCCCUGGGGGACCCAUCGUCCGAUGAACUGCUGUUCGCAGACGACUCCUCCAGAGACUCAGAACUCCCUGUGUGAGGCGGCCAGAGGGGAGACGGCGGGAAUCAAGUAGGGGCCCACGUCGGGGGACCCAGCGCCUUUGCAAGUCAACCCCACGGCCCCCCAGCACCGCAGGAUAUCACCAAGUGAAUCUCCAUUCCGAUCCCUAGGAGGGCCGAGUGCAGCCCAGUGGCAGAGCACAUGCUAGCCUGUCCGAGGCGCUGGGUUCCAUCCUCAGCACUCCCCCAAAAUGAAAAUACGUAAUAUAUAUUUAUUUAAAAGAGGAAAAAUAUAUAUAUAUGUAUAUUGUGAAAAGAGAGAAUGUUAUAUUUUGAUAAAAGAAGACUCCCUUCAUUUCACUUACCUUGCAGAUCUUAAAAGCUGAGCUCCUGCUAGUCCUCGAUGAUCGCUUUUGUACAGAGUUGGUUGUUUUUUUAAAGUCCUUUUCAUGACUCUGAAGUGUAAAUAUAUUUGUAAAAUGAAAUGCCAAAUUUGACUUUGCUUCUAACGUCUUCCUGAGAAAUCUGAUGUGCCUCUGUGAAUCGUGUGAUUCAUUUAAUAUUUAAAUUUUUGUAACUGAUUAAUUUUCUGAUGGGACUUUCUAAUAAAACAUGAACGCAGA